UUGUGAGUCGAUUGAAAUAAAGUUUACAGAUACAGAAAUUCGAUUAUUAUUUCCGAUUCUAUGAUCGAUUUUGUAUUUAUAUAAGAACUGGAUUCGAUUUUCUCUAUUUCGACGUUUCGUAACCUUCUGUUUGGUUGUCGAGAAAACGAAAUGGAAAAAAAAAAAAAAAAAAUUAGAAAUCUCAAUCGAUUUUCCUGAUAGCAGUUAGUUUUUUCUGUCCUGCAAUUGUACCGAUUCAACAUCUGAAUACAUAUUUUUUCUUACCUACUUUCUAAAAUGUUCUCAGCAACCAAACAGUACAGCUUCAAUUAACAUAGCCCUAACUUCUAGUCAUUCACCAAAAUUAAACUAGAAGUUUCAUUGGUUAAAAUAGGAAGUUUUGUGGUUAGUUUGAUCAUGCAGUAGUACAUUUCUUAAUUAUUAUUGUUUUUCUUAUAUUAUAGGGGCUGAAAAUCUCUUGAACGAACAUAGAUUGUUGUUCUCUUUCUUGCAAUGACUUCUUCGUCUUCAUUUUCUACAUGUACAUUACACGGCUCCGUGUCCGGCCCUAAAUCAAUGAAGUGCUACAGAGAGUUCAUUUUCAAUUGUUCGAGUCUCUUCAAACAAUCGUCUAACCCUAGGUUAAUUGCUCUAUGUGCUGACCUAACACAAUCAAGGUUUUUGUCUAAUGUGAAAUCAAUAAAUUGGGAACAAAGUGGGAGGCUCUUUCCAAUAAAUAGAGUCCAAUGUCAAGCACUGAAAGUUGAAAAUAAGAUUUCAUUUUCAGUUGGGAAUAAAUUUCAACUCAAUGAUGUGAUUGAAGCUCAGCAAUUCGAUAGAGAUAUUCUUAGUGCUAUUUUUGAAGUGGCGCGUGAGAUGGAGAAGGUCGAGAAGAACUCAGCUGGCAGCCAAAUUCUGAAUGGGUUUUUAAUGGCUACCCUCUUUUACGAGCCCUCAACUAGAACUAGGCUUUCUUUCGAGUCUGCUAUGAAACGGUUGGGCGGGGAAGUUUUGACAACAGAAAAUGCUAGGGAGUUUUCAUCCGCUGCAAAAGGAGAGACACUUGAAGAUAGUAUAAGAACAGUUGAAGGGUACUCGGAUAUAAUUGUGAUGAGGCACUUUGAAAGUGGUGCUGCUCAAAGAGCAGCAGCCACUGCCAGUAUUCCUGUUAUUAAUGCAGGGGAUGGUCCAGGACAGCAUCCAACUCAAGUAAGCAUGAUUUUUGUUUUAAACGCAAUCCUCUGUUAGAUAAUUGAAGUUGUU